AUGUUUCAUUUCCAUCCUUCAUUUCUUUACAUUUCAUUUUCUACCUUCAUUUCCUUUCUUCCUUUCCUUAUGUUUUGUUUCCUUUCUUCCUUUCCUUAUGUUUUGUUUCCUUUCUUCCUUUCCUUAUGUUUUGUUUCCCUUCUUCCUUUCCUUAUAUUUUGUUUCCUUUCUUCCUUUCCUUAUGUUUUGUUUCCUUUCUUCCUUUCCUUAUGUUUUGUUUCCUUUCUUCCUUUCCUUAUGUUUUGUUUUCUUUCUUCCUUUCCUUAUGUUUUGUUUUCUUUCUUCCUUUCCUUAUGUUUUGUUUUCUUUCUUCCUUUCCUUAUGUUUUGUUUCCUUUCUUCCUUUCCUUAUGUUUUGUUUCCUUUCUUCCUUUCCUUAUGUUUUGUUUCCUUUCUUCCUUUCCUUAUGUUUUGUUUUCUUUUUCUUCCUUUCCUUAUGUUUUGUUUUCUUUCUUCCUUUCCUUAUGUUUUGUUUUUUUCUUCCUUUCCUUAUGUUUUGUUUUCUUUCUUCCUUUCCUUAUGUUUUGUUUCCUUUCUUCCUUUUCCUUAUGUUUUGUUUCCUUUCUUCCUUUCCUUAUGUUUUGUUUUCUUUCUUCCUUUCCUUAUGUUUUGUUUUUUUCUUCCUUUCCUUAUGUUUUUUUUUCUUUCUUCCUUUCCUUAUGUUUUGUUUUCUUUCUUCCUUUCCUUAUGUUUUUGUUUCCUUUCUUCCUUUCCUUAUGUUUUGUUUCCUUUUCUUCCUUUCCUUAUGUUUUGUUUCCUUUCUUCCUUUUCCUUAUGUUUUGUUUCCUUUCUUCCUUUCCUUAUGUUUUGUUUUCCUUUCUUCCUUUCCUUAUGUUUUGUUUCCUUUCUUCCUUUCCUUAUGUUUUGUUUCCUUUCUUCCUUUCCUUAUGUUUUGUUUCCUUUCUUCCUUUCCUUAUGUUUUGUUUCCUUUCUUCCUUUCCUUAUGUUUUGUUUCCUUUCUUCCUUUCCUUAUGUUUUGUUUCCUUUCUUCCUUUCCUUAUGUUUUGUUUCCUUCCUUCAUUUUUCAUUAUUUUGUUUCCUUCCUUCAUUAGACAACGUUUUGUUUCCUUCCUUCAUUUUCCCAUGUUUCAUUUCCAUCUUUCAUUUCCUUACAUUUCAUUUUCUUCCUUCAUUUCCACAUGUGUCAUUUCCUUACUUCAUUUUCUAA